AUGGCGAUGAUGAUGACUGGCCGUGUGCUGCUGGUGUGUGGCCUCUGCGUGUUGUGGUGCGGUGCCGGCGGUAGAUGUGAAGAUGUGGUGAAAGCUCCUGAGAGGGGUGGUGAAUCUCCGCAAACAAAACCCGAGACGCCAGAUUCAGGCAUUCUGGGAACGCAACCAAAAGUAACAAUAGAUAAUGAGGAAGAUGAAGACAGUGAUGCUAAUGAGAAAGAAGAAUUGGAAGAGGAAAAAGCAGAAAAAAUUAAAGCACCAACCCAGACACACGAGGGUAAAAAGAAUGAGGGAGCAUCCCUACCACCGCCACCACCAAUACCAUCGGGAGGCCCAACAGCAGAGCGAGGAAACCCACAGAAUCCAAGAAAAGUAAAGAACGAAGCCACGCCGUCAGGAUCCAAAAAGGACUCAGAAGCACCGGAACCGCCUUCAGGGGUUGCUACACAAGGGCAGCACAGUCAUGACACAGAAACAGAGGAUUCGACGAAGAAUGCAGCAACCGGCAGUCCAGCAGAACCAACAUCCUCAUCUACCUCUACAAGUGGCAGCGGUGAUCAUGUCCACAAUAAGGCAGAUAAGGAUGAUGCUCAAAGCUCUGAAGGACAACACGACAGCCUUGAAACUGGCAAUACCAACGUUGUUCCAACUCUCAGUGAGACAGCACCACAAACGGCAAAAACAACCACCGCCGCUCGAAUAAAUGGUACGGCGACGCCUGGCGACAGUGACGGCAGCACCGCGGUCUCCCAUACCAUCUCUCCUCUUUUGCUUCUUCUUCUUUUUGUUGCGUGUGCGGCUGCUGCUGCGGUGGUGGCCGCGUGA